UCUCUCAUCCCUCUCUCUCGAUCGAGCUUUUUCGAGAAGCGCUCUUUGAGCUCGGGAGCGAAGAGGAGAACCUCUUCUCUCGAUCGACCUCGUCGACUCCCCUCUCCUCUCGAUUGCGGGAAGCCCCAAAUCGGGGGAGCUCGAGGAGCAUAGCGACCUACUGAUCCAUGGUUUCCCUCCUCUGUGGACUCGUAAGGGCGGUUCCUUAGGGUUUCCCUCCUCUGUGGACUCGUAAGGGCGGUUCCUUUGGGAAUCGCUUGGAGUCGAAGUGUUACUGGAUCGGGAGGCGAGGGUAGUGUCGAUUGCAUCGAGCGCCGAAGUGAUUUGUGUGAAUGAUCUGUUUUUGAUGCGGUGAAUCUUCGGAAUCUGGUUACGAUUUUUCUUUCCUGCUACUUUUGUGGAGUAUUUCUAUUAUAGGUUCAUGAAAAUCAUGUUAUGAAUCUGCUUGCCCUGUUUGCUAUGCUCUAAGACAAUCCUGAAAAUUUGUCCUUUGAUAAGGCUUUAUAAAUAAUCAGAACUGGCCAGCAACCUUCCCGCUGGUUAAACUCUUUCUUGAGAAACAUGAGUUUUAGGGUUGAUAAUAAAUAUCAGAUUGAGCCGGUUUUAUCUGGUUUACAGUGGUCACCAUUAAAAUGAAGGUUAAUGAAGUGAGAACAAUAAAACUUAUUGGAGUGGUCGGAAAACUCCAGUCUGUUACAGCUGCUAGAUGGAAGCUAGGAAAGAUACAGUUGGGCCUGCAGGCCAAAGAUUCACACAAGGUUCAUCAUCAAGUUCCACCAAUAUGAAUACCGGACCUCCAGAAUACACUUUUUCAAGCGGCACCAGGCCUGUUCUAAAUUAUUCCAUUCAGACUGGUGAGGAAUUUGCUCUUGAAUUCAUGAGAGAACGGGCAAUGUCCAAGAAGCACUCAAACCCAACAACGUCCAGUGAUCACAAUAUCACCUCUGAUUACAUGGACUUGAGAGGCAUGCUAGGUAUCUCCUAUGCAGGGUCUGAGAGCGGAUCGGAUGUUUCAAUGCUAACAACUGUUGAAAGCCGGCAAUUAAAAGAGACCGAAAAGAAGAGCUUCUCUGAAUCUCAAAGUAAAAUCCACUUUGCAUCUACAAGAUCAUCGGCUCCAAGAGCUUCAUCCGGAGAUGGAAGUAGUCGAGGAGGCAUUGCUCAUACUUAUACUUCCACCGAUUCAUCAGAUCCUCUCUAUAGAAAGAUGAAAAUUCUCUGUAGUUUUGGGGGUAAGAUUUUACCCAGGCCCAGUGAUGGAAAACUUAGGUAUGUUGGCGGUGAUACACGCAUUCUCCGUCUAAAUCGUGACAUUCCCUGGCAAGAGCUCGUUCAGAAGACAAUGGCAGUUUAUAACCAACCUCACAUAAUAAAAUAUCAACUCCCUGGUGAGGAUCUCGAUGCCUUAGUUUCGGUUUCCUGUGAUGAAGAUUUGCAAAACAUGAUGGAGGAAUGUAACGUUCUAGAAUGUGAUGAGGGCUCGCAGAAGCUUAGGAUGUUCUUAUUUGCAUCAUCAGAUUUUGAUGAUACGAGUUUUAACCUUGGUAGUAUGGAGGGAGAUUCUGAGUACCAGUAUGUUGUUGCUGUAAAUGGGAUUAAUGCGGGUGCCAGAAAAGCUUCGAGUGGACAUGGCUUAGCAAGCACUUCAGGAAGUGACUUGGAUCAGUUGCUGAAUCUUAAUUUUGAUACUGAGCAGAUUAAUACAAGCAGAGAAGCAGCUGAGUCAGUGGGGAUUCAUAGUGCGCUACUUUUUCCUCCUCCAACUACUAUAUCCGUGCCAAGCUUAUCCAGUGACUUUGAUGCACAUUUGCAAUCAUAUCAUGACCGUGGAAUGCAAUACUCAGAAGGUUCGCAUUAUGGUUACAUGGCAAACACUGCUUCUGAUCACUUCUACAGCAUUGAAAGCAGGGUUUCAAUCCCUCUCUCUGUACCUUCUGAUUAUGGAUAUACUUCCCAUUAUGCUCCCAGUAUAGCAACAUCUGCUGCAGUACAACCACAUAACGAUUCUUCAGCUUUAAAUUAUGUGCAAACAGCAGUACCCUCUGUUUCUUCCACGCCAGAUCAUUUGACAUCAAUUUUGCCACCAAAAGAAGAUGAAAGGCACCUAGAGGCUGCGCCGGUCUUAUCAUCAACUGAUGUUUUGCCUUCUGGUUCAGGUUAUGAGCACAACGAAGAUGACGGCCAUUCAUCUGUUGGGGCUUUUACAUCUGGGUUUUCGGAUUAUGAAGGUGAAAUGGCCGAUCACAGCUACAAAGAUCUUCCUCACCCUGCACGUGUCUUUCAUUCCGAGAGGAUUCCAAGGGAGCAGGGGCUGCUUUUGAGUCGAUUAUCGAAAUCAGACAAUUCACUUGGUUCUCAAUUCCUAAUGCUUGCUCAUGAAUCUAUUGCGGAAGCUGUUGAUUCUGCACCUGAACAAAUUAUGGUUUCUGAGGGAGAGAACCCUUCUGCAGCAGUAAACAAGCCAAAUGCUAGUCCUGUAACCUCUGAGGAUGGUUCAGUUCAAUCUGGAAAGUAUAAAGAGUUGUCUGAUGCAUUAACUCAGAUGACUCAGUCUCAACCUAUAGUUUCUACCGAACAAUCCACUAAUGUAAUGAGUGGCGACAAAGGCAAUAAGGUGGGAUGGAAGGCUCAGAAACCUGAGUCUGUUGUGACAUCUAUUUCUGAUAAAUCUGUGGUAAAUGAUGAUAGGGUUUCACAGGAAACCAGUGUAAGCAGAAGAAACGUGGAGAAAGUUGCAGCUGUUGCCGAAACUGUUAUAGCCAAAAAUGAAUCGAAAGAUUUAUCCGAGGAUCAGACAGAGGCAGGUGCUACUCUUAUGCAGCAGGAAACUGCUCCUACCACUCUUCCUGAUGUUAACUGGGAGGAGAUAUCUGCUAAAACUGUAAAUGCCACCGGUGUUGAGAAUGACUCAGAUUUACCCUGGGUGGGGGAAGCAGCUACAGUUGUUUCUCAAGAGGAAUCGUCAGUUCCUAGUAAAGAGAAGAAAGAUAUUCUUAUUGAUAUUAAUGAUCGAUUUCCCCCUCAGAUACUCUCCGAUUUCUUUACAAAGGCUAGGAUAGCUGCAGAAUCCUCAAGUGUUGGUCACUUCUUUAAGGACGAUGCUGGUCUAAGCUUAAACAUGCAGAAUCAUGAGCCUAAACGGUGGUCUUUCUUUAGAAAUAUUGCCCAAGAUGAAUUUGCACGCAAAGAUGUUUCUCUUAUGGAUCAGGACCUCGUUGGUUACUUGUCUCUGCUUGAUAAAGGAGCGGCAGUUCCUACAUCAUAUCAGUUUGUAGGUGGAGAGAAUGAGGGAAUUGAUUUCAGUCAGUUGGGUUCACAAAUUGAUUUUGAAGAGGUAAUGCAACAUGAACCUUCUACAACGACUGUAGAUGAUUCUACCAUACUGCACCCAGAUUAUAUAUCGUCACAGAUUGGGCAUCUACAUCUUAUGGAAAAGAGUGGCAUUGAAAAUCCUUUUCCGCCAAUGAGAGAGAAUCCUAGGCCACCUAUUUCAGAGUAUGAGGUAGGAGAAACUGUUGGACCAAUUUUAGAUGUUUCUUUGGGUGACAUUGAUCUUAGUAACUUGCAGAUCAUAAAGAAUGAGGAUCUUGAAGAGCUUAGAGAAUUGGGUUCUGGCACAUUUGGAACUGUGUAUCAUGGAAAGUGGAGGGGCACAGAUGUGGCCAUUAAACGCAUCAAGAAAAGCUGCUUUACUGGUCGAUCGUCUGAGCAAGAAAGACUUACGCAUGAGUUCUGGAGGGAAGCUGAGAUUCUUUCGAAACUUCAUCAUCCAAAUGUGGUGGCUUUCUAUGGGGUCGUGCAAGAUGGGCCCGGUGGGACCUUGGCUACUGUGACGGAAUUCAUGGUUAAUGGUUCUCUUAGGCAUGUCUUGCUGCGAAAGGAUAAGUAUCUUGAUCGGCGUAAACGGCUCAUUAUAGCAAUGGAUGCAGCUUUUGGGAUGGAAUAUUUGCAUUCGAAAAAUAUUGUACACUUUGAUUUGAAAUGUGAUAACUUGCUCGUGAACCUUAAAGAUCAAACGCGCCCUAUUUGUAAGGUUGGUGAUUUUGGUUUAUCAAAGAUCAAGAGAAAUACUCUAGUUUCUGGCGGCGUGAGAGGGACAUUGCCAUGGAUGGCUCCGGAAUUGUUAAAUGGAAGCAGCAACAAAGUUUCUGAAAAGGUUGAUGUAUUUUCCUUCGGCAUUGUCAUGUGGGAAAUUCUUACUGGGGAUGAACCAUACGCCAAUAUGCAUUACGGUGCAAUCAUAGGGGGUAUUGUGAACAAUACAUUACGACCGCCCGUCCCAGCAACCUGCGAUCUGGAAUGGAGGAAGCUAAUGGAACUAUGUUGGGCCCCCGACCCUGCGCAACGCCCGUCCUUCACCGAAAUAGCUAGCCGGCUGCGUUCGAUGUCGGUGGCGAGCCAGACCAAGCCGUCCAAGUGAAAAUGCGAACGAUCCGCUCUACGAUGUCUCACUCCCAUUAUUAUAAUCUUAUUAGUGUUAUCAUCAUCAUCCAUAUGAGUAUAAUCUAGGGUGUAAUGUAUGAAUGUGUGUGGUAUAUAUGUAUUGAUUUUGAGGACAUGUGUUGUGCCUCAUUAUAUGGUUUUUCUUUUUUAUGAAUGCGAGGGUCGGAAAAAUAAUUUUUGUGAGAGCUGUAUGUUGCUUCAUGUAUCACAAUGUUUUCAUGUAUUCUCGCCUUAUAAGAAUUUGUCGCUUACGAUCCCCCUGUUUUCGCCUGGCGAUGUACACACUUUGAUAGGUAUAUGUAUAUAUGUAUAAUACUUAUGCA